AAAAAAAAAGAGUGAAAGGAGGACCGAUCUUCCACAGAGGACCGCAUUUAUCAGCCGGUCAUACAGGAGGACCGAUUUCUUGCUCAGGGGCCGCUAUCUCCCGUUGGUCCGCCUUUUUCAUCAAGAAAAGGUUUCCAACUGUUACUAUGGGCAAAAAUCGGUCCAAGAGGAACAAAAUUGCUGCUAAGGCGCGAACCAACUUGGAAGGGAAAGAGAAGCUUUCAUCUGAGGAUCUCAGACACCAAAUAACUCUCUCCCAAUCCAGGCGUGAAACACAAGACAAAUCUGGUGAACGCAGUUUCCACUCUAAAGCCCCUAAGAGUUCUCAUCCAAAGGAUUCCCAGGCAGCAGCAGAAAAAUUCGACGCCAACUCCCCCAUAGUCCGAAAGUUAUUCGGGUGGCUCAACAAGGAAGGAGAGGCCCGGUCCCAAGGGACCGGGAGAGAAACAGGUCAAGGAGAGGAUCAGGAGGUGGAAAGUCAAGGGCGCAUAUCAGUACAUAAGAGGAUGCGCAAAAAUGCGUCCCAAAGGUUGGGACCCAGGACUGAGGAAUCUGGAGAAAAUUCUGGGGGGCACGGAAAUGAAGAUGCCGGAGACAUCCUCAAAUUAAGAAAAGAAAUGGAGGAACUAAAGAGGCAGGUUGACAAGGACGGGUCUUUCGGGCCCACAGUAGAGAUAAUUUCUCUCUUUACUGCCAGAGUGAUGAAAGCUCAACUGCCCAGGGGUAUGAAAGCCCCUGAAAUCCGUUAUAAGGGAGUCACCGAUCCCAAUGAUCACUUGGCUGCGUACCAAACUCACAUGUUGAUGCACGCCGUGGAGGACGAGAUCCAAUGUCGCCUCUUCGUAGGAACCUUAGAAGGGCCGGCCGUAAAAUGGUUCCUCACUCUUCCUAAUGGGACCAUUGAUUGCUUCAAAGAUCUUGCUCAACUUUUCCUCAACACCUAUGGAGGAAGGUUCCAGCCAAAAAAGUACUUCACCCAUCUUUUCUCCCUAAAGCAAAAGGAGGGAGAGACCAACAGUGAAUUGGUACAAAGAUGGAAUGAAGCAAUCAAUGAGGUGGAGCCUAUGGACGAUAAGACUUCCAUUGCUCUGUUCAUGAACGUUCUCAGGUCGGGGGAAUUAUUCAGGAAGUUAGAUUAUGAUACCCCUACUUCUUACAAGGCUAUGAUGGCUAGAGUUAACAAGUUCUGCGCCACGGAAGAGUCGGAUCGCCUGAAAGGAAAGAGCGAGGGAGCCUGGCAUAAAGGCCCGGACAAAGAAAAGAAAGGAGAAAAGACCAAGGCGGCCACUUUCUCCAUCCCUACCCUCAAGUCACUAGCCGCACCAGUGGUAGAAAUUAAGAGCAAGGAGGAGGGUGGGCAGAAGAGGAAACGUGGAGAUCAAAAGAGAAGGCAGUGGCCCUAUGACCCAGAAAAAUAUUGCAACUUCCAUAGAAGGCCUGGACACGCCACUGAAGAAUGCCAUUUCCUCAAAAAGAUGGAAGGAGAGAUGAAGAACAAAGAACCAAGUGCCAAUCAGGAGCCGAACCAAGGAGGUAACGUUUGGCGUAGGGACGCCCAACCUCAACAGCAAGUCCAGGAGAACCCGGAAGAAUUUCCCCAAGUAGGAGUCAUCUUUGGCGGUCCAGAAACAGGAGUCACAAGCAAGGAGAGGAAGGAAUGGGCUCGCAAGCUGUAUGUGGGGUCCAUUGACAUAGGCCAAGCGGCCAAGAAAGGAAGGAGGGAGCCCAUUGUCUUCUCGGACGAAGAUUUACCACUCAUUCUUAGUCCUCAUCGGACCCCCCUGGUAAUUUCUAUGGCUAUUCACAAAUUUUUUGUUAAAAGAAUUUUGGUGGACACUGGAAGCAGUGUCAAUGUGCUGUACUGGGAAGCCGCCCAGCAAUUGGGAAUCAGGAAGGAAGAUCUCACAAAGCUUAACAUGCCCUUGUCCGGCUUCACUGGAGAUAUAAUUGAACCGGAAGGGUCCAUUAAAUUGGACAUCAUCAUAGGCGAGCAUCCUAAGAUAGCCGUUCUUGAGAAGGAGACGGUAGAUCCCAUCAAGCUCCGAGUCACGUGGAGGAAAAGUAUGAGAAGGACAUUUGUCUUCCUUCUUUCGCCACACAUUGAGGAAGGGGAGAUUCUCCGGGACUACCACCACGAAGAAGCGACGGAACCAGUCAUCAAGUUUGUCAACGGGGCUGUCCAAAAACUGCAUAUCGGUCCGGGCCGUGAAACUCACGUACCCCCAGCCCAACUCACUGUCGUACUUAUGUGGACGGAAGAAGGAGAGGAAGAGCUUCAGACGGUUGCAAAGUUCGACCAAGAGGGGAUGGAGAGGAAAGCGGCAUCCCAUCCUAACCGAGUCGCAGUGGACGACCAGUCGGCGGGAGAUGUCAGGAUUGCGCUCCAAAGUAGUACCCGUGGCUUCCUGGACGCCAUAAUCAGGAGGAAUGACUCCCCUCAUCUCCCCCAAUUGCGCAGGAGUGAUGGAGGAAACAUUCUCAUCCUCCUUGGAUUUCUUGCCGCCGUUGAAGAUCUUGGAAACCUUGGAGAUUGUCUUCUUCAUGCCAUUAUUAAGGUGACGUGGGCCAUUGGCACCCCAGGCAGUGAUUGGAGAGAUAUGCGGCACCACGAUCCAAGGAGUGUGUGACCAAAAGACAGUCCAGUCGGCCAAUUAUUCAUCCAAGGCCUGUGGCCCGCAAAGAUGCGCUACAGAAAACAUCCGCAGUAAAUACAAAGUGAAUGAUGGGGUUUUCCCCAAAAAGAGGAUCUUCGUCAAAAAAAAAUUAGGGACAGAGGAGAAACUUUCUA